AUGGAUAGAUUGAGGUGAGUUCUUAUUUAUUUUAGUAUUAUUUUGUUCAGUUUUCAAUUCGAUUUGAAAAACACAGUUCGUUUCCAUAUUUAGGAACGUUUCAAAGAAAACAAAUAAUUGAAUUGUAGUUUGAAAUUCAAAAGUGCGCGAAAAAAGAAAAAGAAGCUCGCAAAAUCUCAAAUGUCAAUAAAAUAUAGAUUAUCACACUUCUGUUUCUUCUUCUUCUAUUCCUUCUUUUUCCCGUUUAUUAUUUGAAUUUUCUGUACUCUUUUUUUUUCAAAAAAGUUCCAAUGAUUAAGCAAAUAAUCAUUUAGUUACUGUAAAUUAAUAUUAUCUUUAUUUUUCAUAAAUCACAAAUUGUAAUGAGAAAUUGAACAAUUUUGAAACGAUUUUUUUCUAUUAAAAACAUCUUCGUUUCAUUGAAAAAAACAACAUUGUGUAUCAAACAAAAAUUUUAAUUUUUGUUUCAAAUUUCAGAACAAUUUCUCAAUUAUACACAGAUCGACCAAGGCCGAAAGCAGGUUCGGUUCAGUUUUCGGCCAAUAGUUUUGAGGAUGAUACAAUAUCUCAAGCACCUUCUUCCUCGUCAACAACAACUUCGACAAGUUUUGAAACUACGCCAAGAAUGCAGUGAGUUUUUAGAGAAAUCUUGAAUCAAACAUCACAUUCCUAAUUUUUGGACCACGUAAGCUUACGAAUAAUCCAUAUUUCAAAAAAUUUUGAACUUUUUUCAUGGGCCUUCUGGGUUUUACCAAACCUCCUUUCAGUUUUACCAAUUUAGGAGUGUUUUUUUCAUUCGGAACUCAAUUCCUUGAUCAAGACUCCAUUCUUCAAAUAUUUGAUAAGAAAAUAUGACAUCAUAUUACAAUUUUGAUUUUUCAGUCCAUCAGCGAGCAAAGGUUCAUUUUUUCUCCGAUUUGAAACCAUUCUCAAAACGAGCUUCUCAAUUAAUUGUUGAUGUUCCUGUGGCACAAUUGAGAAAAAUAAAAAAUACGGAAGGAGUUGGAUCGAUUGCAAGAGAAUCUGAACAUUUUUCAAGUGAGCACAAAGGGAACAUUUUUGAGCUUUUCCUCGAGAUUAUUGUGAGAAAUUUCAUUAUAUUGGAAAUCGACAGCUGAUUUUUUUUUCAAAAAUCAAAAUCGACAUUAAAACCUUGAGUGAAGUUCAAAAAAGUUUUCUUCUGGGGUUACUGUAGAAAAGUUGAAUUAUCUUUUGUUCAUAACAGAUACAACAACUUUACAUGGUCCAAAACGAAUUUAUAAUGGAAAAAGAUGGUCGAUUGCAUUUUGGAUAAUUGUAAUGGUUUCAUCAAUGAUAUUGUUAUUUGCUCAAGUAACAUCUCUUAUUAAUAUGUUUUUUUCGAGACCUACCGUAUCACAAGUAUGUUUUCUCAAAAUUAUUCUUAAAAUUCAUCAUUUGAUUUGCAGGUAUCAUUUCUUUUGAGUGAAGGUGGUAUGGUAUUUCCACGUGUAACUGUUUGUAGUUUCAAUCCAAUUAAAAGAACAUAUGUUGAAUCUUUAAAUUCAACAAAAGAUUUAUCAGAUGAUCUUCUUGAUUAUUUGAUGAUGUUUAAUAGCGAUGCAAUGACACUUUAUGGUAGAGCAGAUGGACAACAAUUACAUUCUGGUGAUAAUUUAUUCAAACAAUAUGUUCAGAAUCAUACAAACUUCACAGCCGAUUCAUUUUUUAUGGAUGCUGGUUUUGGAUGUAAUGAUACUUUUAAAAUGUGCUCAUUUGGUGGAAGAAGGUGAGAAAAAUCAAAAACUUUGUGUUACUGUUUCCGAAAAAUUGAAAAUCAACAAAAAUAAACUUCCAGAUUCGAUUGCUGUAAAUAUGCAACCCCGGUAUUCUCAGAUCUUGGAAAAUGUUUCACAUUAAAUGUUCAAGACAGUGAUAAACCAUGGAUGAAAACCCAAUCAGAACCCGGAAUUGCAGCCGGUCUUCAAAUAAUUCUCGAUUCUCACAUCGAAGAACAAUUUGAUUCGGAAGCUGAUGGUGUUACUCCUGUAUUCUCAAGUGCAUUUGAAAAUGGUUUUCGAUAUUAUAUUCAUUCGUCAGCUGAGUUGCCAUUUCUCGCAUCUGAAGGUAUUGCUGUUUCACCAGAUAGUGUAGUCUAUUCAGCGUUGUCAAGUUCAAGGGUGAGAUUGAGAAAUAUAUUCUUUAUGUGGAGAUAGAGAUUUUUCAGUACAUCCUUUUAUCAUCUGGUUCUUGGGGAAAUUGUACUGAUAGUUGGCCAGCAAAUUAUAAAUAUGAUUUUCCUUAUACAGCAGCAAUGUGUUCGACUGUUUGUAAAGCUCAAUAUUUCAAUACAACUUGUGGUUGUAGUCCAUCGAUUUAUAAUCAUGAAAAUCGUAAGUUCAGCGUUGGAAAAAAGUACAAAAUAAAUGUUGUUUGAAAAGAAGUGAGAAAUUAUUGACCAGAUAACGAUCAACCUAUUCUCUACCCUGUUUUAUUGAUGUCUCUGUAAAACUUCAAAAAACUGUAUAAACUUUUUUUUUUCAAAAAAAUAGAUAAAAUUCAAAGGUAUGAGAUGGGAAAUGGAUUCCGUAGAAAUGAAAAAAUUAUUCGAAAAGGAAAAAUGUCCGAAUUAUCCACGUAUUAAAUUUCUUGCGAAAACUCACUGAGUCUAGGCGAACAGUUCCGAAAAAAAUUCAGACAAGCUUCAAGAACAUAUAAUUUUCCAGUUUUCCGUGAUUGCACUCCAUAUGAAACAUAUCGUUGCAUGGAUACUAAAAUGAAAGUGGUAAGCAACGGUGUUGUAAAUAUUGAAAUGCCAAGUUGUGAAGAAUGUCGAGUUGAAUGUAAAAGUCAAGUUUAUCAUGCAUUCAAUUCAUAUGGAAAAGGUCUUUCAAGAGGUGCACUUAUGUGGUUACAUAAACAAGGACAAUGGGAUAUUUUACAUAUGAAGUUGGAUUUUCCUUUCAAUUUAAUUGUAAGAAAACAUCCUUAUUUUAUUUCAGAUCAAAUUUUCAAGUUGUAAAUGUGUUUUUCCGAGAUAUGUCAUAUACUGAAUAUAUUCAAAUGCAAGGAAUGACUAUUACCGAACUUCUCAGUAUGUUUUUUGUUAAAUUUUUAGAAUUUUCAAAAAAAAAUAUUUCAGGUGACAUUGGUGGAAAUAUGGGAAUGUUUAUGGGAAUGUCUGUUUUCACAAUAAUUGAAGUUUCAUUAUUUUUAUCGAAAAUUGGAUGGCUUGCAUUUUCUCGAAAACGUCGAGAUUAUAUGUACAGUAAGAAAAAGAAUGAGGAAUUACAUGAAAAAGAGUUGGAAGAUGUUGUAACUGGUUUCAAACUUUUUCGAACAAGAAAAAUCUGGCAAUGA